AUGCCGCGCAUACCCGUACACGAGCUGGGUCGGUACCUGCUCUCGGGACACGUCUCGAGACGAGGCUGCCUCGAAUCAUGUAGGCUGGCGGCUCGACGUCCGGUGACUGUUCUACAAACACCAUCAUCUCUUGGCCUUCUCCGGUCCCUCCACACAGCUCAAGAGCCCGCCACCCCGACCUCCCUGCGAGCCCCGCUACGCAAGCAACUACGCGACGAAGCCAAACAAGCCAAGAAACAGGGCAAGGGGAAAAAGUCCAAGAAGGACUUGCAGACCGUGGACGGAUGGGAGCUGACGGUGGGCGUGGAGAUACACGCGCAGCUCAACACAACGCACAAGCUCUUCUCCCCGGCCGAGACGUCUUUCAACGACGACCCCAACAGCCACGUCGCCCUGUUCGAUGUGUCCAUGCCGGGAAGCCAGCCGCUGUUCCAACACGAGGCCGUAAUUCCUGCGGUGCGCGCCGCCCUCUCGCUCAACUGCGAUGUGCAGCGCGUCAGCCGCUUCGACCGCAAGCACUACUUCUGGUGGGAUCAGCCGUCGGGGUACCAGAUCACGCAGUUUUACGAGCCGUUUGCGCGCAACGGGCACAUCCGGCUGCUGCCGCGCGACGGGAUUUCCCCACAGGAUGGAGAGGGCGUCACCGUAGGCAUCAAGCAAGUGCAGCUGGAGCAGGAUACGGCCAAGACCCUGGCGCAGACGGACGGCACGCAGUGGCUCGACUUCAACCGCGUGGGCGCGCCGCUCAUCGAGAUCAUCACCGAGCCGCACAUCCACCAUCCGCGCACGGCUGCCGUGCUGGUUCGCAAGAUUCAGCUGCUCCUCAGCACCGUCGACGCCUGCGUCUCGGGUAUGGAGACCGGCGGUCUCCGUGCAGAUAUCAACGUGUCGGUCCGUCGGACUGGCGAUAAAACCGCCCCGCUGGGAACCAGGACGGAGAUCAAGAACCUGAGUACCAUCAAGGCCGUGGAGGAUGCCAUCAUUGCCGAGAGGGAUCGCCAGAUCCGCGAGAUUGAAGCCGGCAACCAGAUCGCUAGCGAGACACGCGGUUGGAACGUUGACUCGACAGAGACGCGUCGGCUCCGUGGAAAGGAGGGCGAGGUCGACUACCGCUACAUGCCGGAUCCGGACAUUGCACCCCUCGUCAUUGGCGAUGACGUUGUGCACCAUCUGCGCCAGAGCCUCGCCAUCACCCCCGAUGCCGAGCUCGACCAUCUUGUCAUGCAUCUCGGCCUAACCCCCAAGGAUGCCAUGUCCCUCAUCAACCUCGAUGGAGGAGCGCGCGUAGAGUAUUUCUACCGUGUUCUCAAGACGGUUGAGUCCAUGAUUGCGGCAGAGAGUCAGGAUGGGGACAUGCCCGAUGUCAAGAGCUACGCCGGCCUCGUGGGCAACUGGACUAUUCACGAGCUCGGUCGCCUCACUACGUCGCGUGCCGGACCUCUCGGCCAGGUCGAUCUGACCUUCACUCCCGAAGGCGAGUGCCACCAGGUUCCCGACGUGGAACUUUCCCAGCUGCUCUUCCACCUGUACCACCGACGCAUCACGGGCAAGGUAGCGAAGGAGUUGCUCAUGGCGCUGUACCUGGGUGACCUGGAGAAUGGUAUUCGGCACGGCAUAGAGACGCACGACCUAUGGUUCAAGGAGCUGUCAGCCGAAGAGUACAACGAGCUUGUUGACGAGGUGAUGCAGGAUGAGACCGAUCUCGUACAGAGCCUUCUAUCUAGUGAGGACGACGUGCCGCAGGGCAAACUGAUGUUUCUGGUUGGCAAGCUGAUGCGCACGGGGCCGACGGAGAGGAUUGAUCCUUGCACGGCAGAAAAGACGAUUCGGUCGCGUAUUGAAGCGAUGCGAUUUGACUGA